AUGAAUUCCAAAACCACCAACGGAUUCGCCCUCAUCACCGGAAUUGGUACUACGGUCAUGACAGGAAUGGCAGAACUUCCACUCAGUGAAUUCGACAAUGUGCUUAAUAUCAACAUGAGGGGAACAGUACUUUGCAACCGAGCCGUAUUACAAGCAAUGUUGAUUCAAGAACCACGCGCGUUUCAAGGACGAUAUACAACGCGCUCGCUUGGUCGCGGGUGUAUUGUGAAUUUAGGAUCUGCGAAUUCGUAUGCUGCUACACCGGGGAAAACUUCGUAUACUACUGCUAAACAUGCGGUGAUCGGGAUUACGAAAACGGCGGCUGUUGAUUAUUCUAAACAGGGAAUACGCGUUAAUGCAGUUUGUCCCAUUUGGGUUGAGGGAGCAAUGACGGAACGGGAAGCUCAAGUUAAUCCUCACUUGGAGCAGAUUGUCCAGGCAGUUGUUCCAUUAAAGAGAAUGGCUCAAGCGGAUGAGGUUGCUGAUGCUAUACAAUUUCUUUGUAGUCCAGCUGCGAGCUUUAUUACCGGGACGGGCUUGAUUAUUGAUGCUGGAACUGGGUUGACUGUGCGUUUGAUCUAA